AUGGUGAACAGAUAUACAUUCCUUGCUGGUUACAGUAUUAGAUGGUACAAGGUUGAGAGAAAUAAGAAAAUGGAAGCCGAGUGCAAGAGUGGCUGUGAGUGGAAGUUGUAUGCUUCUUGGGAUGGUCAACACAAGUCAUUCAUUGUCAAAUCAUGCAAUCCUAACCACACAUGCAACAGGGCUGAUUAUGAGAAUUUACAAGCUAAGGCUGGGUGGUUUGCACAAGAAUAUUUGCAAAAAUUCAGAGACAAUCCUAAUUGGAUACUUCAUGGCAACUUGUAUGACCAUUAUUCUCGACUGGCAACAUAUUUGGUUGAGUUUAAAAGGAGUGAUACUGAUAUGAGAUAUGAGUUGCAGACAUUUGAGAGAGAAAAAGAUGGUGAGCAUGUAUUUAAAAGAUUGGGGGAAUUGCUAACAGCAAUAGGUCGGGACGAGAACAACCAGAUGUUUCCAGUUGCAUGGGGUGUGGUCGAGGCAGAAAAUAAUGAUUCAUGGUCUUGGUUCUUAGAAACCUUAAAACAUGACAUGCCUGAAUUUGGUGGAGAGGACUGCACUAUUAUUUUAGAUCAAUAUAAGGUAAUUGCAAGAACAGCAGUGAAACUGUGGUUUCCAGUUGUGGAACACAGACUAUGUGCAAGGCACAUAUAUCCACCAUGGCACAAGAAACAUGGUGGGGAUGAAUUGAAAUCAUUGUUUUGGAAGGCAGUGUAUGCUUACACUAAGGCAGACUAUGACAAGGCUCUAGAUGAAAUGAAUACCAUCUCUGCUGCUGCUAUUGAAGACUUCAAAAAAACAAAAUCAUAA